AUGAGCCCUCACUCAACCUUUGCGCCGCUCUACAAUGGGCCUCCCCUGGACGACCACAAUCGUACGUUCCUCGAAUGGAAACCGCUAUUCAUCAGCCAGGCUGAUGGCCAUGAAUUUACUCAGUUCUAUAUGAACAAGGCUUAUGUGCCUUCUGAUCUUGAGCGGUCUAUUUUGAGCAUUCUCGACGACGACGUUCAAGAUGGCCUUGCAGCGUGGCACAAGGUUAUCGCUGACCACGUCCAAUCAGUGAAGAGCUCGACGUUAAAGUCCGAGACGGCAAAGUCUCUCUCUAGACUGCGCGCACUGGCGCUGAAUCGUGGACUCCCUGCCGAAUCGCAGAAGGUCAAGUACCACGACGGCGACUGCCUGGACACCUUACUGGCCGACGUUAAGUCCAUCGCCAGCCAGUACCGCACGGCCAUGAUCCCAUCCUCGUUGGAGAUCACUGCGGCGGAGUAUGACGCCUUUCUAUGGGCUAACCAUUAUAUGGUGAAACUGUCGGAAGUAUUUUUGGACGACAAACAAAUUCGGGAUCCCAUCCGAGUUAUUUCGAGCAAUGCUAAGGCCUCCGGACAACCAUGCUCUGUCGCGGCUAUCGACGCUGCCAUCAAGGAUGCCCUAGCAACGCGUCACCUGCGUUCGCUUGCGCUUUGUGAGCAUGGGACAGCCGACUCCGCUCCCACCCGAUCGCAUCUGAUCAAUGCCGCCGUCGUUGAUGCUACUGCCAGUCCCAUUAUUCGCGUGGUACCAAACGCGACGGUUUUCCGCAAGAAGUGUUCGAAAAACACGUCAAGAAGUCCGCACGACGUUUGUCGUCUCGCAAAAUUCGCGAUGAUCAUCCUCGUCGUGACGACUACGACCGUGACAACGGCGAUGACCGCGGUGGCGGAAGUGCAGGCGCCCCUUGCGGACGAGGUCGUGGCGCCCCGUCGAAGCGCAUUCCUCCUCGCAGUCGUAGUCGCAACUGCGGUGGAGAUGACCGCAAUCGCACUUGGCGCGAUGAAGGCUAUCGAGGCCCCAUUCCGACUGUCCUCAUGUUCCGUCAUCGAUUACCAUCGAGAAGUGUGUCGUUUCGCCCAACUCCGGUGA